CGUCAUCUCGCAGAAGAAGUCCCAUGGACAUCAUAUUCGACGGAUGUCAGGCAACUGGGACAAGCGUGACAAAGAGGAAGCUUCUUCAUCGAAAUCACACGGUUUGCUUGUCAUUCUUCCUCGAGGUUUGAUCAGUCAGAACCAAAAGCCAUGGACUUUCACAGGGUUAAAGAAAGGAAGAAAGCAAAUUACUACAAGCACUGAAGGGAAUGGAGAGGUUUCCAGCUGACCAAACCCAUGAAUAUGGAAUUAAAAGCUCAGACUCGUCAUUUACUAUAAAAAGAGACCUCUCUUCUAUGAGAGCAUUUAUUGGGUUUGAUGGCGUCCCAACGGCUCCGUAAGGUAGACAAAGGUGAUGAUCACUCUGUUUGGCCUAAACCCAGAAUGAGAACUGUAAUUCUCUCUCUUAUUAUCACAAUUUUCACUGUCUAUCCAACUAGAGCCGAAAACUCAACGAGACCCGAAGUAUCGGGCCCCUGCGUGUCCUCAUGCGGAGAUAAUAAACCGGUACAGUUCCCGUUCGGGUUCUCGGCCUCGUGCCCGAUACGACUAAACUGCAACAACUCCAAAAUCCGAAUCGGCGAGUUCCCAGUCCUGAACGUAACCUCAGACAGCAUCUUCUUGGAUUUCCCGCAGAUGUGCAACCGAACGAUACAAUCGAUCUCACCGCUUUUCGGCAAUAACUUCGCUCCGACCCGGCGGAACAAUCUGCUCCUCCAUAACUGUACCACCCAGCAAAACGACUGCGUCGUGCCCGCGGUCCGAGACCGGUUCAACUGGUCGAGCUGCGAUGGGCCGAGCGACAAUAUCAGCUGCUUCCCAGCCAAGCUUGGGGAGCGCGUGGGGUUUCUGGGCUACAAGAAUGUGACCGCGACCAAGUGCCAGCUCUUGUUAUCGUCGAUCGUGGUCGACUCGAGCCAGGACAAAUCGGCGGUGUCGCUCAUGCUCCAGAGAGUCGAGCUCGGGUGGUGGCUCGAUGGGCAGUGCCAAUGCUCCGAUGAUUCGGAAUGUGUGAAGGUCACGAAAUCCGACGGGAAACAAGGUUUCCGGUGCCACUGUAAUAGCGGGUAUCGCGGAGAUGGGUUCAAAGGUUCCGGUGCCGAGGGUUGCCGGAAAGUUCCUCAUUGCAAUCCUUCAAGGUACCUGUCUGGCAAAUGUGGAGGCCCGACCAGAGUUGUUGUUCUCAUUGGAGGGAUUGUUGCUGGAGCUUCAGUAAUGGCUGGUCUGUUUCUUAUCUGUUCCUAUGUUCGGCGCCGUUCCUCUUGUUUGAAAAGCCAAAUGAGUGCAAAACGCCUCCUAUAUGAUGCUGCUGGUACAUCCAGUGUUCCUUUGUAUCCUUACAGAGAAAUAGAAAGAGCUACCAAUUGCUUCUCUGAGAAACAAAUGUUGGGAACAGGGGCCUUUGGUACGGUUUAUGCAGGAAAAUUUCAAAAUGAUGAGUGGGUUGCCGUAAAAAAGAUCAAAUAUAGAGAUACCAACAGUAUUGACCAAGUCCUCAAUGAGAUCAAACUCCUCUCCUCCGUGAGCCACCCGAAUCUUGUUCGCCUCUUAGGUUGCUGCAUAGAGGAGGGUGAACAGAUCCUUGUCUAUGAAUAUAUGCCUAAUGGAACUCUUUCCCAGCAUUUACAAAGAGAGAGGAGCAACGGUCUCCCAUGGACAAUACGGCUCACAAUUGCUUCUGAGACUGCUAAUGCUAUAGCAUAUCUCCACUCUGCCAUGAAUCCUCCAAUUUAUCACAGAGACAUCAAAUCGAGCAAUAUAUUACUGGAUCACAGCUUCAAAUCAAAGGUAGCUGAUUUCGGUCUUUCUAGACUUGGCUUGACGGAAUCCUCGCACAUCUCGACUGCCCCACAAGGGACUCCAGGCUAUGUUGAUCCUCAGUACCAUCAAAACUUCCAUCUUUCUGAUAAAAGUGAUGUUUACAGUUUCGGGGUAGUUUUAGUAGAGAUAAUAACUGCAUUGAAAGUGGUCGAUUUCACUCGACCUCAUAGUGAGGUGAAUUUGGCAGCACUUGCUAUUGAUAGGAUUGGGAGGGGUUGUAUAGAUGACAUAGUAGAUCCUUUCCUUGAGCCAAAUAGGGAUGCUUGGACACUUUAUUCUGUUCACAAGAUUGCUGAGCUUGCAUUCAGAUGCCUCGCUUUUCAUAGUGACAUGAGGCCUUCUAUGAUGGAAGUGGCCGAAGAGCUGGAACACAUCAGACGCAGUGGGUGGGCAACAUUUGAGGAAAAUAUAUGCAUGGCAUCUUCAGCGGUAUCCUCUUGUUCAUCACCACGUAAUGGAAGUGAGAAGUCAUUUGGUGGUAUUGUGAAAGCAGCAGGGGCAGGGAGUCAAAGAUCGAUUGUUUCAGAGAAGGCAGAUGGUCGUCUGGCUUUAAUGGAGGAGGUGAAGGAUAGCUCCCCUGUUUCUGUGCAUGAUCCUUGGUUUAGUGAUCAGAGUUCGCCUUCAACAAACAGCUUGUUGGGUAAUGUAGUACGAUGAUAUGCAAAAUGCUUCUUUGGGUACUUAGCUUUAUCUUGUGAAUACCAUACAAGUAUUUUAGAGCUUCCUCUUACCAGCCUUAAUGCUUAUACGUAACUCAUUGGUAUCUUUUUGUAUGCUUGAUCUUACAAUCCUCCAUCCCCCUCCCUUUUCAAUGCCUUUCGAUAUAUAUACCAACGCUGUUGAAUUUAUUACUAAAUAUUUUAAGCA